AUGGGGUGGGUGGUUCUUUGCGUUUGGAAAGAGGAGGUGCAGAGGACAUGGGUCGCACAGAUUUCGACCCAACUUUCCGCUUAUAGGUGGUUGUGGGAGGUGGUGGGGGUGUCUCUUGUGGAGGUAGCGUUGACAAUGGCGACACCUGGAGAGGGGAAGUUUGAGGGGAAUGGGGAGGUGAUUCCAUGGGUUUCUGAUAGUGAGGAUGGAGAAGAUGAGGGCGGAAAUGAAAAUGCAGGGGGAACAUUUGCCAUCCUCAGGAAUAAUGAGACAGAUCGAAUUGCUUUGUUAGAAUUCAAGGCUAAAAUAACCCGUGACCCUCUUGGUAUCAUGAGAUCAUGGAAUGACACUCUUCACUUCUGCCAGUGGUAUGGUGUCACAUGUGGACGUAGACACCAGAGGGUCACAGUGUUAGACUUACCAUCCCUCCAACUUUCAGGUUCCAUAUCACCACAUGUAGGCAAUUUGAGCUUUUUAAGGAAGCUUUACCUUCCAAACAAUAGCUUCAGCCAUGAAAUCCCUUCUCAGAUUGGCAAUUUGCGAAGGCUGCAAAGGUUAGUCAUUCAUAACAAUUCGCUUAGUGGGCAAAUUCCUGCCAACUUAAGUGGUUGCUCUAAUCUUAUUUUAAUUUUCUUAGACGACAAUGAAUUGGUUGGGACAAUUCCUGCGGGGAUAAGUUCCUUACCCAAGCUCUAUUUCCUCUCAAUAGCCAUCAAUAAUCUGACAGGAACUAUCCCUCCAUCUUUUGGGAAUCUGUCAUCUCUUGAGAGACUCUAUGCAUAUAGAAAUAAUUUUCAUGGGUUGGUCCCUCGUACUCUAGGCCAAUUGAUGAAUUUAAGGUUUCUAUCCUUAUCUGACAACCAGCUUUCUGGUACCUUCCCUCCUUCAAUCUUCAAUCUCUCUUUGCUUGAUAAUAUAGACUUGGGGUUCAACCACUUACAAGGCAAUCUUCCCUUGGAUUUAGGCAUCUCUCAUCCAAAUCUCAAUUUCUUUUCAAUUUCUUACAACCAAUUCAAUGGAACCAUUCCAACUUCGAUUUGUAACGCCACAAUUCUACGAGUCCUUCAACUGGCGUCAAACAAUCUUAUCGGAAGAGUGCCUUCUCUUGAGAAAUUGCAUAGGCUUUGGCGAUUAAACAUUGCUGACAACCAUUUUGGAAGUGGGAAAGUUGGUGACUUGAAUUUUCUUUCCGGUUUGACUAAUGCCACCACUUUAAUAUAUCUCAACAUAGCCAACAAUAGCUUUGAAGGCAAGCUGCCAGAAUACAUAGGCAACUUUUCAAAGAAGCUUGAGAGGAUUGAUAUAAAUAACAAUCAGUUUUUUGGAAACAUCCCAAUUGGAAUCGAGUUUCUUGUUGGCUUGAAAGGUUUAUAUGCAGAAGAUAAUAGAUUGUCAGGCACUAUUCCUUCUAGCAUAGGCAAGCUUGAAAAUCUUGUAGAACUUUUUCUUGGCAAUAACAAUUUCUUGGGAUCUAUUCCAUCCUCUUUAGGGAACUUGACAAAUCUCCUUUCAAUUGAUUUAGCUGUAAAUAAUCUUCAAGGCCUGAUCCCUUCGAGUUUAGGAAAUUGCAAAAACUUGCUCACAUUAGAUCUUUCUGUAAACAACCUUACUGGUCCCAUACCUCCAGAAAUUACUCAACUUUCCUCCUUAUCAACUUUUCUCAACUUAUCUAGAAACCAUUUGUCAGGUUCCCUUCCAAUGGAAGUAGGAAAUUUGAAAAAUCUGGGAAUCCUAGCCCUUGAUGAGAAUAAGUUAUCAGGAAAUAUUCCUAGUAGUCUUGGCAGUUGCACAAGGCUAGAAUUCCUCUACAUGGGUGGGAAUUACUUCCAGGGGACCAUUCCUUCCUCUUUAAGCGCAUUAAGAGGGAUUCGAGAAUUGAAUCUUUCUCGGAACAAUUUUUCAGGCAAGAUUCCAGAGUUCUUAAAGGAAUUUAACUCAUUGGAGUAUUUGGAUCUGUCCUAUAAUGAUUUUGAAGGUAUGGUACCAAUAGAAGGCAUUUUCAAAGAUGGAAAUGCAACGUCAGUGGCAGGAAACAAAAAUCUUUGUGGUGGCAUUCCUGAUUUUGGGUUACCUGCUUGCAAGAUUGAACAACAAAAGGGCAGAUUGACUGUAAGAUUGAAAAAAAUAAUCAGCGUUGUUUCUGUGCUUGUAGGUGCAAUCCUUGCGCUUAUUUGUUUAUUUCUUUAUCUUUCAAGGAGGAGAAAAGGAGAAUCUACAUCAAUAACUUUCGGGAAUGCACUAUUGAAAUUAUCUUAUCGAAAGCUCCUUAAAGCCACAAAUGGAUUCUCUUCCGAUAAUUUGAUUGGUAUAGGUAACUUUGGAUCUGUAUUUAAGGGGACUCUUGAACAAGAGGGAAUGGUUAUUGCGGUGAAGGUGCUUAACCUUAUGCAUCGAGGAGCUUUAAAAAGCUUUAUGGCUGAAUGUGAGGCCUUAAGAAACAUUCGACAUCGAAAUCUUGUCAAAAUACUCACAGCAUGCUCAGGUGUUAAUUAUCAAGGUGAUGAUUUCAAAGCUUUGGUUUAUGAGUUCAUGAUUAACGGAAGCUUAGAUGGUUGGCUGCAUCCAACUCUUGGAUCAAAUGAAGUAUCAAGGACUUUAAAUAUUCUACAAAGGCUGAACAUAGCCAUUGAUGUUGCUUGUGCAUUAGAGUAUCUUCAGCUCCAUUGUGAAACACCAAUUGUUCAUUGUGAUCUGAAACCGAGCAAUGUCCUUCUCGAUGAAGAAAUGACUGGACAUAUAAGUGAUUUUGGAUUAGUAAAGUUCCUCUUUAAUGAGUUGCUUGGCAAUUCUACAAAUCAAUCUAGCUCAAUUGGACUAAGAGGAACCAUUGGUUACUGUCCUCCAGAGUAUGGAGUGGGAAGCGAAAUAUCAACAUCUGGUGAUAUAUUUAGCUUUGGCAUACUCUUGUUGGAGAUGUUCACAGGAAAGAGGCCCACUAACAACAUGUUCAAGGAGAAUCUGAGCCUUCACAAUUUUGUUAAGAAAGCAUUGCCAGCACAAGUGAUAGAGAUUAUAGAUCCCAACCUUUUUCAAGCACAACUCGAUGCAAACCAUAACCACAACUUCAGAAACAGAAGAAAUGAUUUAUUGAUCGAGUGUUCGAUUUCAAUAUUUGAAAUUGGAAUCUCAUGUUCUGCUGAAUCACCACAAGAGCGCAUGAAUAUCGGUGAUAUUGUUGCUCAACUCUCUCAUGUCAAAAACACACUUCUUGGGGCUGAAUUACCUCGGGAGAGGGAAGCAGCAAGUGCAUUUCUAUUGACAGGUAAACAAAACCAACUUACUUCCCUAUAUCAACUUAAUUUCUAUUGGCAGGCAAUGAUCAUACAGAAAUCUGAUUAUUGUUUGCCACAGGUGCACAAAGUUGAUGACUUGGAUGCAAUUGCGAAGUGUUUGUUGAUCUACAAAGCAUAA